CUUUAAAAGUGCGUCAUUAGUUUUUUUUCUCCCACUUGUAAACACGUGCACGGAGCGGAGUGUGUCCCUGUCUGUUCACGGAGGAAAUUAAACAGCUAAACUAGUUUUCUAUCAACCUCAAAAUGGCAAAAAGCCUUCGGAGCAAAUGGAAGAGGAAGAUGCGUGCAGAGAAGAGGAAGAAGAACGCCCCCAAGGAGCUGGCCCGUCUGAAACAAGCUCUGAGUUUGGAUAAGAAAGGAGAAGCCGUCAUGACGGACAUGCAGGAGAUCGCCACUGUGGUGCCAGCUGACAAGAUCAAGAAGCAGACGGAUGUGGAUAUGGGCGAGGUAGAGGGGGAUGAGGGGAAGAUGGAUAUGGACAGCAAGCGCAACAAGAAAACCCUGCUGGAUGAAAACGGUCAGUACCCUGUGUGGAUGAAUCAGCGACAGGCCAAGAAACUGAAAAGCAAACGGACGGGUAAGAAAGGCGGCCAGGGCAAGAAGAAGAAGGGGAUCGCCUGGUGAACCAGAGGAAACCAAAAGAACUUUGCUUUGCCUUAUAGACGUUUGAUGCAGAAACACAGGGUAACUGUGGAACUUCUGCUGCUGAAUCUCAUUCUGUUCAGUGGAUUACAGGAUUCAUGGUUGUGCCACGGAGUCUGUUCUUAUAAAAUAAUUCACUGCAGGAAAAUGUUUGUUCUUAUGGAACAGCAGCUUCAUGUUAGGACAAGUUUUAUGAAUGUAAGACUUGUGCAAAGUGUCUGUGAUUGUCGUGUUAUCUACUUCAAUUUAAAUCUUUUCAUACUAUAAAAACAAAAUCAUAUUUACAGA